UGCCCUGAUCUCUCUUUGGCAAGAGCUCAGCAGCAAGCAGCAGCAAGUAUUGCGACUCUGGUUCGCUUCCGGCACCGGUUCACUUCCGGAGACGUGAAGCUCUGGUUUGUUUCCGGCGUUGGUUCGCUUCCGGCGACGUGCGGCUCUGGUUCGUUUCCGACUCUGGAUCUGUUUCUCUCUUUCCAAUUCUGGUUUCUCUGAAAGGGAGUGGAAGUUCAAAAUGCUGCAAAAUGUCCCACAUCAAAUUGUACAAUCACCAGCCAGACUAGGCCUGCCAAACCCAAAUUCACCCUCUUUACAAAACCCUACCCCUCCUAAAUCCUCCUCUCAACUCCCACAACCUCAGCUCCCCAAUCAACAAUCAAAUUUGUCAAAAGCCACGACCACCUCCUCAACUCUUCUUCCUCUACUUCCGCCUCUCUCUAGAGCCCAAUGUCUUCUCCUUCAAAUGGCUUCCCUUGCAUCUCGGCUAUUUGAGGUCUCACCCAAUAGGUCUCAUUGGCUUAGUGCCUUCCGUGGCUCCCUUCCUACCUUUCUAUCAUCCCAAACCCAAUCCACAACACCAGUUCAACCAGACUCCUUGCCUUCCACCACCAAAGAAAUCCUCUCCCUUUUUACAACCCUUCAAACUCAGCUCUUUGAAGCUGUUGCAGAACUUCAAGAAAUUCUUGAUCUUCAAGAUGCUAAGCAGAAAGUUGCUCGUGAAAUCAGGUCAAACGAUUCCGCAAUGCUUUCCUUCGCUAACAAACUUAAAGAAGCCGAACGGGUUCUUGACAUUCUCGUCGAUGAUUAUUCUGAUUAUCGCCGCCCCAAAAGAUCAAAAUCAGAAGAUGAUAAGGAUGAUUCUUGUACCACAACUAUUUCUACUCAGCUGAAUUUAUCUGACAUUCUAUCAUAUGCCCACAGGAUAAGCUACACAACAUUUGCACCGCCAGAAUUUGGUGCUGGGCAGGCUCCUUUGCGUGGGGCACUCCCACCUGCUCCACAGGAGGAGCAACUGCGCGCUUCUCAGUUGUAUGCAUUCGCUGAUCUCGAUGUUGGUUUACCUAAAUCAGCAGAAAGCAAGGAGAAAACAAUUGAGCCAUUCAUUGAGGCUCCUCCUGCACAACAGCCAGACUCGAAUCCACUUGCUAAUCUCACUGGUAUUCAGGGUCUGAUUCCUCUAAAUUUUGUGAUUCCAUCUGGAUGGAAGCCUGGGAUGCCUGUGGAAUUGCCUAGUGAUUUACCUAUGAUGCCCCCACUUGGCUGGAAGCCUGGUGACCCAAUUCCGUUGCCACCAUUGGAUAGUCUCCCAAUUGCUGGUAGAAUUGAGGAGCAACAACCACGACCCACAAGGAAUACCCAAAGUACCUGAACCAAUACAAGUUCGGCAUGUUCAGCUUGAUAUUGAUGAUGAUAGUAGUGAUUAUAGUAGUGACAUGGGAAGCUCUGAUGAUGAAGAUUGACAGUUGACCAGGUCCACUUUUGAGUUUUCCGAUCUCUUUGAAGUACUUGAGGUAGGCACACUUGGAAGUUGGACUUGUUCUACCCUUACAAGGUGUAACUAAAUGUGCAAUGUUUGCAUUUUUUAGAUCAAUUUGCUGUAUAAAAUGUUUUGUAUCUUACUGGGAUUCUAGAAUUAGAGUUUUCGUUUUGAUUUUGAGCUACAUAACUUGAACGCCUAAAUUAUGAGUUAUGUGUUGAAGUUCUCAUCCUCACUCGAGAAGUCUUCUUAGGUUUCUGUUUCAAGAAAAAUAUGAUGUGAAGAUUUACUCGGUGUUCGUGACAUCCUCUGUUUGAUCAAGAUAGUGUAAUAUUCGAGCCCAAUUGCUAAUAUUUGCUUCUUCAGUUCUAGCUGGACAAUGAAUUGUUUGGUUUAUUGAUUUUAGGAUGUGCUCU